CUUAAGGAAAGUAAGGGAUAAUUAAGCACCUAGCUGGAACGGGAACAAGGAGUGUAUGAUGCAGGGGUGUGUGUGUGACUCAGGUGGACCUCAUGGCCGCUCCUGUCUCACACUCCCGUGUGUGUCGGCGGAACAGCAGACUGGAGACCUUCCUGAAGAGGAGAGCCGAACGAGACGUGCACGAGCGCAUUCGCUAUUACGAGGCGUGCGUGGUCGUAUCGGAACGACAUGACAAGGUGUUCAUGCACGUUCUUCUUACCGACGAUUCCGUUUAUCUGACCGAGUUUCAUCCCCGCACACUGCAUAGAGCUCUGCAUUUCAGCCACAUCCUCCACAUCGAGCUGAUCAAUGAUCUCCCAGACUUCCUGAGUGGCAAGGUCCAAGAGCAGUCACUUCAUAUACGUGUUGUGCACACACACUUCCCCAAAGAUGUUGGGAAACAUGUCUCGAGAGACAGGGAGUCUCAGUCUGCUGCUACGCCCUGUCACCCAGACGACUACAAACACCGACGCUCUCCAGAGGGAAUCGGCAGGGUUCAGCAGGGUCCCGAGCGAAGAACGUCUCCAUCUUUGACUAGUGACAAAGAUGGAUGCCAGGACUACAGAACAAGUAAGAGCUCCGUCCUGGCCAGGUUGAAAAAACGAGCAGCCGGUCAACGAGAGAAAACGACGGAAAAAGUAGAGAAAAACGUGGCUGAACUUCACCUGUAUGCUGUGAUGCUCACGUCAGAAAUAUACGUCCAUCUGCAAAGAUCCUGGAACAGUUACAUCAUGAGAUCAACACUGAGAUGCACCGUGUCAUCCUCACCAUCUUCCAAGAAGCACAAACACAAAAUCAGCUUCGAGCGGACGUGUCACCUGUUCAGCCAGCUGAGGGGGGAGCUGUUACAGGACAAGCUCGGCUUGGAGAGUUUGUACCUGCUGAUUCAGGAGCUCUGCACAGCUGCACAUCACAACCCUGCCGUCAAAACUCUCUUCUGGAAGUCACCAGAGCUCUAUCCGUUCUUGGUGAAGACGCUGUCGGACAGCUUGCAGCUCUCUCAGGACCGAUUACACACCGCUGACAGGCUGCUGCUCUCCAUGCUAGUGGUUCAGACCAUAAGCCUGAUGUUUGGUGAGAUGGAAAAAGGACCUAAUCGCUUUAACGUGCUCACAUCCAAGCAGGGAAGCGUGACUGCGGCCUUGCUCACGGCUUUGGCGUGUGAUCCGGAGCUGGAGCUUUGUGAAUGCGAUUCUGCGUCGCACACAGAGCUACAGGUUUUACAAGCAGAAUAUCUGGAGGCAGCAUCCGUUCUGCUUUUUGAGGUGGUGAUGUUUUGUCAGGAAACCAGUCGCAUCCCGAACGUCGGACACUUUCUGACAGUGGCUUGGGUUUUUCAAACUCUUCGAGCCCACCCUUAUUUUCUCCUGUUUAUGGGUUAUCAGGCCCAGUGUGUGGUUCUAGCCCUGUCAUAUUCGACCGAAUCUCCCAUGAGCCCAUCUCAGGCUGUUCUCCUGUACCAGCGCUGCCAUUUACUCCUGACCUGCAUUCAGCACAACACUUCCGUGAGCUCCUACAUUACUACAGAACUGAGAGAAGAAUUCAGGUAUUAUGUGAGACAGUCAGCGUUGGAGGACAAGCUUCCCUCUCACUAUCCUGUUAGUAGGCCAGUACAACAUCUCCUCUCACAGCUGCUCAGCCUGGUGCUUGACAAGCCCUGAGGACGGACACACACACACACACACACACACACACACACACACACACACACACACACACACACACAGACUCCUGUAAUCCCUGGAUCAUUUGUUGGGUUUUUAUCUUAUUGAACGAUGAUCAUAGAUUCCUAAGUGGUGUAUAUCUACUUUGAGAAAGCUAGAGGAACACUUUUUUAUAGAUAUUAUAUAUUCUAUAUAUUUAUAUAUAAUUAAUAUAUUUUAUAUACAUGUGAAGGGGCCGACUUUGUGUUUUCUGACUUUAUGAUCGUUUGCUAAAUAUUACAUAUUUGUAUUACCCAUGACUGCUUAUACCAUAGAUGUUUUUAUUUUAUUUUAUUUAUUGUGUUUAUAUUACUUGUGCAAUAAACAUCUAAAC